AUCUUUGACUUUGGGAUGUCCUCUAAGUCGGUAACGGAGACGUGUCAGAAAGAGGAGACGUGGUCGAACGGCCGGAAGAUUGUGGUGGUUGACACGCCGGGCUUUUUCGACACCGAGAUCCCGGCCCGGGAAACGGCUGCCGAAGUGAAGAAGUGCGUGAGCAUGUGCGUCCCGGGCCCGCACGUCAUUCUGCAGGUGAUGCGUCCGGGCCGUUUCUCCAAGGAGGAGAAAGACGUGGCCAAGCUGAUCAGUGAGAUCUUCAGCUUGAACGCCAAGAAUUACAUCAUCACCUUGUUCACCCGGAAAGAUGACCUGGAAGGGCAAUCCUUGGAGGAAUUCCUCUCCAAGGGAGACGCCUCGCUUCGGGAACAGUUGGCCAAGUGCGGGAACCGCUACCUGGCUUUCAACAACAAGGCCAUAGGCGAUGAGCGGGAGGAACAGAUGGCCGAAUUGAUGACCAUGAUCGAUGAGCUGGUGCAGAAGAACAAAGGUGCAAAUUAUUACACGGAGGCCAUGAUGAAGAAAGACGAAGAGCAGUAUAAGGUAGACCAGGCCGAGAAACCACCGACACAAGAAAUAGUAGACAUUGUCGGUACCGAUUAUAGUAGCAGAAUCCUGAAAACGUCUCCCGUUUGCUCCGCUGGCACCAAAGAACAUCAAG